AUGUCUACUCUUCCAGCUUUACCCAUCUCCAUCCAAUUGUCUGAAGCCGAGCGCAAAUCUGGGAAACUCUCCCAACGCAAUCUUGAAACUGCGGCGCGAGCUUUACAGCGAGAUGGCCUUGUCGUCAUUGAGGAUCUUGUCCCACAUGACAUACUUGAUCGGAUGAACGAGAAGAUGAUCAAGGAGGCGUAUGAGUUGCAGGGAAAGAAGGAUAGUCCGUUUAACUUUAAUAAAGGGAAUAUUCAGCAAGAUCCCCUGCUGACAGAAGAGUGGUUUAACGAAGAGGUCUUUGUGAACCCCAUCACAACCCAAGUGACGUCCACAGCCCUAGGCCCUCAACCCUCUCUCCGGUUCAUAUCCGGCAAUACCGCUCUCCCACCAACAUCCACCUCCCCACCAACAGCACAACCCACCCACACCGACGCUGAUUUCGACCACCCCUCCCUCCCCUUCGCCCUUGUUAUCAACAUCCCCCUCAUAACCAUGACUCCCGAAAACGGGUCCACUGAAAUCUGGCUCGGCACGCACGCUUCCACAUCCAUCGCGGACCAAGAAGGAGCAAGGGGAGAUCGAGCCAGUGGGAGGAUUAAGAAGGGCUUAUUGGAGGAGAGGAAGAAGGUUAGAGGACCCUGCCAACCAGUUGUGAAGAAAGGCAGCGUGGUGGUAAGGGAUUUGCGACUUUGGCAUGGAGGCAUGCCGAAUUUAACGGAGGAGCCGAGGGUUAUGCUUGCAUUGAUUCAUUUCGCACCAUGGUAUCGCAAUCAAAUGACCGUUGAAUUCGCAAACGAGUUGAAACCACGCUUGACUGUGGAGAAAACGGGACUGCAGGUUGCCGCUAAAUUUGUCGCAGGUGGGGAAUUAGAGAAGCUGUAUUUGAAUCGACCGCAUGGGAAUUUCUACGACUUCGACCAGAUUGAAAAGAUUGAGGGAUUGUUUUGA